AUGGACGACAGUCCUCAGAAAGAUCAGAAAAUUCCCCCGAAGCGGGAGGGGGAUGCAAUCACCGCGGUACUCAUCAGUCAGCUUGCCGCCGAAGCCUGUCAAUUACAAGAUCAAUUGACUUUGUCAAACGGGCAAAUCGGAGCUGAGUACAGUCGAUGGAAAGUGGAGAGGCGGGGGGACACAAUUCGGAACAUGCUACGUAUGUCCCAAGCCUAUUUGUCCUAUUGGUCCAAUGUGGCCGGUGCGUGGCGUGAAGCGAUCGAUGCACUAGAACGAGCACAGUCCGAUCGGUCUCAUCGACUGUCAUCGCCGCAUCAUCCCGGUCGAGACUCGUCCGUGCCCAGUACGGAGCCGGAUUCCGUUGCCGAGUCCACGGAUCGUCGUCGAACUGAGGCACAGACCGGGAAUCGACUGGAUCUAGACGGUGUAGACCUGGGUUCCGAUGAGUUCUACCUCGCACCGGCUGAACUAUGCCCAAAUGGGGAUGACGAUUGGACCCCGUCAGAUUCUCCCGAGACCAACUAA